AGGGGAGACCUGACCGGGGAGACCUGGCCGUCAACGCAGUGGCUCGGCCGACGCGUAGCGACGCUGAGCGACGCCGAGCCGAGCGACCUGGGCGCUCGAUGUGACCAUGAGGACGCGGGCACUGCAGCGGGUGCUGCUCCUCGGCCUCCUCGCGCUGCUCGCGGCCCCUGGACCCGGCGCGGCGCUCCGGGGCAGCGGGACGCGCGUGGGCAAGGGAAGGGGCAUGCGGCACCAGUACAAGUCCCGCCUGCCCGUCCUGCUGCACAACAAGGACCCCGCCACCAGCCAGUACUACGAGCAUCGAGACGGCGCGCGCAUCGUCAAGUCGUCACACUUCGAGCUCGACUACAUGCUGGGCCGCAAGAUCACCUUCUUCUGCAUGGCCAAGGGCUUCCCUCGGCCCGAGAUCACGUGGUUCAAGGACGGCAUCGAGCUGUACUACCACAAGUUCUUCCAGGUCCACGAGUGGCCCAUCGGCAACGACACCAUCAAGUCCAAAAUGGAAAUCGACCCAACGACCCAGAAGGACUCCGGUUUCUACGAGUGCCAGGCCAACAACCAGUACGCCGUGGACAGCAGAGGCUUCCGGACAGACUAUGACACACCACUGUAACACUGACACUGCGACAGACUGCAAGACGGUCUGUUACCGAAGGCAAAAGCGCUUUGUAUAUUUAUUUAUUAUUAUGAAUAAACUGCUUCGCGAAAAGUGAAAAUAAA